AAAAGCUAUGGACAUUGAGCUUUGGGCUCUCUCCGUUGCCUCCACAACGACGGCUUUUCUUAAUUGCCAUGGCGCCCUUGAAUGACGGAAGGAUGAGUGAGGCCAUUUUCGUCGUUGAGAAGGGCGAGAUCUAGCACUCUGUGCAGCCAGGCUUUCACGAUGGAGGGAAAGCGGCGAACCGGUUUCGUCGUCCAAUGAAUGGGAACAUGGGUGUCCGAGUCGGGAUCUGACGCGGAAACUGUGAAUGGAAAGACGGAAGGGAUCUCACAGGCCAUGUCGUCGUUCCUUCUUCCCCUCCUUCCAUUUCGAUUUUUAUGGCAACCACUGUUCCGACCCUCGGAACUUCCCAAUUCCCAUCGGAGCCUCUCUCCGCAGUGCUGAUUGGCGUUUUCUCGAAUUGGGCAGCCGGCAUUUCGCUCGCAGGCGGUAGAACACUGUGGCCGUCUUUUCAUCCUUCUCUGAUGAGAAGGGAGUGAGUCUCGGUAUUCUGUGGAAAAGGCGAAGAUGGAGUUGUUUGCGGGGGAGGAGCCACCACCAUUAUCGAUGUGUGAGCCAAAGACGGUGAGAAACCUCUCGUCCUCCUCCUCUUCCUUCGUCUCGGCUAAACAGUCACCCUUCUUCUCGCCCCGCACGCCCCCCUCCUUCAAAUCAUCGUCGUCGGUCGCAGCUGAGCCGACUCCCAGCUCCAUUUCGGCCCGCCUCUUUGGAUCAGGAUCCACCGGCGUCGGUUCCCUUGGCGGAGAGCGAUUGGCUUCCCAGUCACGGGAUUCCAGCGACGCCUCCCUGCUGAAACGGGUCGUCGAAGGUCUUAGAGAACGAGAUGAAACGAGAAAAGAAGACAGAUCAUUGCAAGUCGACCUCCCCAACUCAGUGCUGUCGCUUGAUUCGGCGGAAAAGUGCCCGUCCGAGAGCUGCUCGUUGAUCUGCAGCGACGAGGGGAGUGAUCACCGGCCAGUGAGGCGCGAGGCAAGUGCUCUGCGACCGUUGAAGCAUCGAAGAAUCAGGCGAAAACGAUUGAGCGGUGGUGGUGGCGGUGGCGGCGGUGGCGGAGGGAGCUCUAUCAGGACUAGCGAGAGCUCCUACCGUGGUUGCUCAACCUCUUUGUCGUCGUCGGCGGGGAUGAGGAGUUGCGAUGUAUACAUUGGGACUCACGGGAGGAAGCCUUUGUUGCUGAGGUUUACCAAGUGGUUGCGCUCCGCCCUGGAGUCCGAGGGGAUCGCCUGCUUUGCCGCCGAUCGCGCCCGAUACCGGAACUCCCGGAGCCACGACAUCGCGGAGAGGGUGAUAAACUCGGCGACCUUUGGAAUCGUGAUCAUCACGAAGAAAUCCUUCUCGAAUCCAUAUACCAUCGACGAGCUCAAGAUCUUUCUAGGUAGGAAGAAUUUGAUUCCCAUUUACUUUGAUCUCGGGCCAGACGAUUGCAUCACUAGGGACAUCAUAGAAAAGAGGGGAGAAUUGUGGGAGAAGCAUGGUGGGGAGCUAUGGGUUCUAUACGAUGGGGUCGAGAAGGAAUGGAGGGAGGCAGUGGAUGGUCUGUCCAGAGUGGAGGGAUCGAAGUUGGACGCACAUUUGGGGCAUUGGCGGGAUAGCAUUUCGAGCACAGUGAAUCUUAUCGGCCUGAGGCUUGGCCGGAGGAGCGUCGCCGAGCGCGAGAAAACGAGGAAGGACAGGCUAGAAAAGGAGGAAUUCCCAUUCCCCAGGAAUGAUAAUUUUGUGGGGAGAAGGAGGGAGCUCCUUGAGCUGGAGCUUAUGCUGUUUGGAGAUGUCAAUGGCGAUGGAGAAGGGGAGUACUUUAAUUUGAAAACUAAGAACAGGAGGAAGAAUGUGACCGUUAGCAGGAGGAAGAGAGGGGAAGAAGACAAUGAUGUGGGUGAGGAAUCACAGAGAGAAGGGAGGAGAGAGAACAAGAAGGGAAAAGAGCAAGUAGUAUGGAAAGAAUCAGAGAAGGAGAUCGAAAUGCAGAGAUGUGGGAGUCCACAAGAUCAACAUAAGCCGUCGAGGAACAAUCAUGGGCCAAGGUAUUCAAGAAGUCGAAGUUAUAACGGUGUACUGUAUGGUAAAGGUGUAGCUUGUGUCUCCGGGGAGUCGGGCAUUGGUAAAACUGAACUGUUGUUAGAGUAUGCGUACAGGUACGCACAGAGGUAUAAGUUAGUGUUGUGGGUAGGAGGGGAAUCAAGAUUCUUUAGGCAGAACUAUUUGAAUUUGUGCUCUUUGUUGGGCCUUGAUGUGGGCACUGAGACUCAAGUUGGCCCUGGAAAAUAUAGGACAAGGAGUUUUGAGGAGCAGGAGGCCUUGGCCUUUCAAAGGGUAAGGAGGGAACUCAUUAGAGACAUUCCAUACUUGCUGGUGAUCGACAACUUGGAAAGUGAGAAGGAUUGGUGGGAUGCUGUUAAUAUCAUGGAGCUCUUGCCACGCUUUGGAGGAGCAACCCAUGUUUUGAUCUCAACGCGCCUUCCUCGAGUUAUGAAUCUUGAACCACUGAAGCUCUCUUAUUUGUCUAGCUCAGAGGCCAUGACUUUGGUGACAGGAGAGGCAGAGUAUCCUGUCACUGAGCUUGAUGCACUUAGAACUAUAGAAGAGAAGUUGGAUAGGCUUCCUCUGGGGCUUCGGCUUGUUGGGUCAAUUCUUUCUGAAUCAGAGCUGCCUGUUACUGCCACAUGGCUUCUUGAUACUAUUAAUAGGAUGCCUCUUAGGGAUCUUUUAUUUGAGGAGAAGGAGGAUUCAGUCUUGCGAUAUCACCCUUCUCUUAUGCAGCUCUUGGAUGUUUGCUUCUCCAUUUUCGAUCAUGAGGAGGGGCCUGAAAAAUUGGCCUCAAGUAUUGUGUGGGUAAGUGGCUGGUUUGCUCCAUCUGCCAUCCCAGUGCCACUAUUGGCACAAGCAGUGGAUAAGUUACUGGGCAAACACUCCAUAUUCAGGUCAUGGAAGAAAUGUUUCUGUGCAAUUACUGGUUGCUGUAGAACUUCCCAUAUUCAGAGAUCUGUAGCAGAAGCAGCAGCAAUGCUGGUAAGAUUUGGAAUUGCAAGGUGUAGCAGUAAGCAAGGGUGGAUCUAUUUCCACGACAUCAUUAAGCAGUAUGCUCGGAAGAGGGGUGGCAGUAGUGCUGCACAAGCAAUGGUCUGCAGUGUUAGUGUCAGAGGUACCAUCACUUGGCAUGCUGAUCAUUUGUGGGCGGCAUGCUUUCUACUCUUUGGAAUUGGGAAUGAUCCAAUAAUUGUUGAAUUGAAGGUUCCUGAAUUGAUGACCUUUAUAAGAAGAGUAGCUUUGCCCCUUGCUGUUUAUACAUUCAACACAUUCUCCAGGUGUCAUGCUGCAGUGGAGCUCCUAUAUCUUUGUACUCGUGCAUUGGAGGCUGCAGAAGAAUCUUUGGUUUCAAAGGUUGAGAAGUGGCUCGAGAAAUCCUUUUGCUGGGGAAGGUCAGUGCAAUCAGAGACACAAUUAAAUGCCAACUUAUGGCAUGAAAUGACACUUUUGAAGGCUACGCUACUAGAAACAAGGGCCAAACUGAUGCUUAAGAGUGGAAUGUACGAUAUAGGAGAGGAUCUCUGCCGGUCUGCUUUAAGUAUGAGAACUGUAGUUUGUGGCCUAAAUCAUCCUGAUACAAUAUCCUUGCGGGAGAUGUUGGCUAAGCUCAUAAGGUUUCAUAUAAGCACCCAGAACAGCUAACCUCAGGAGUGGUUGUUUAAGAAGAGAGGCAAUUCUUUUGGCCUUGUGCCAUGAUCUCAUAAAUAUUUUCAGAUAAAUGUUUCCAAGUUUUUAUGUGCAUUAAAUAGAUCUUUAAGUUUCACCAUCCUGCUUUAUACCAUAAUCAAUGAAUGAAAUACCAUUCUUUCUUUUAA